AUGUAUAAUCCUAAGCUAGAUGAUUUAAAUAAAAGCUGUUUAAGAACAAAAACAAAAAAGUAGGCACAACCUAUAAUCGUUUGUUAUGAUACUAAAACAAAAUUGCCAAUAGAAUUAAAAUAAGUUUAAUAUACAGUUAAUAUAUAACCUGGUUUAGCAGUAGUGCAUAUAUGUUAAAUCUAUUCAACUGAAUAAAACAAAGAUCAAUGUGAAUUAGAAUACUUGUUUACAAUAGAUUAAAAUUCAGCUGUUACUAAGAUGAUAGUUGAACUUGGAGAUUAAAAAGUUUAUGGAGUUAUAAAAGAAUUAGAAGAGGCAAAAAAGGAAUAUGAAAAGGGAAUAAAAGAAGGAAAGACAAUGGUGUUAAGCUAAGAAGAUUCAAAAAUAUCAAAUAUCAAAAAAGUUAAAAUUGGUUGUUUGAGUCCUGGUAAAUCAUUAAAAAUUUAAUUUGAAUACAUCCAACAAUUAUAAGUAUUUCUGAAUUAAUUUUGGAAAUUAGAAUUGUCUUCUAUGAUAGAUACAAGUUAUUUUGCAGUUAAUGAAUUAAAGAACACAUCUAAAAAUUAUGCUUAAUAAUAUUCUUUUGUGAAAAACCAUGUCAACAUUUAAGCAAUGAAAUUAAAUUAUAAGUAAAAUAUUACUGUAAUAAUUAAUAUGGAAAAACCGAUUACAUAUGCUAAAUCUCCAACACAUUCAAUUUUAUUAAAUUCUGAUAUUAAUGUCAAAGAAAAAUAAAUUGAUUUAUAAACUCCUUAGAACUAAUUAAUUAUUACUUUAGAUAUGAAUGAUCCUGAAAAUAUGGCACCAAAUAAAAAGUUUGAGUUACUAUUUUCCUCCAAUGAUGUUAAUAACCCUUAUGCAAUACUAAGCCAUACAAAUAAUGAUGCUUUAUAACAUAUCAAAUAUUGUGCAACUCUAACCCUCAUACCAAAAUUUAAUGAAUUUCCAAUAGAUGAUGCCUAUCAAUCAUAUCUAAAUGGUUUAAAUUUAUCAUCAUAGGCAAAAAUCUAAAAGGGUUGUUAUAUAUUUUUUAUUGAUCGUAGUGGUUCAAUGGAAGGCAUAAGAAUUGAAAAAGCCAAACAAUCACUGAUACUGUUUCUGAAGAGCCUUCCUGAAGAUUGUUCUUUUAAUAUAAUUUCAUUUGGUAGCAAUGUAUAAAAGAUGUUCGAUAUUGCACAAGCAUAUAAUUAAAAAACACUAAAUUAGGCAAUAAAGUAAGUUCAAGAAAUGGAUGCAGAUUUGGGGGGAACUAAUAUUUUAGAAGCAUUGGUUUAAGGCAUUUAUGAUGAAAAAUAUUAAAAAAGCAAAUAUAGUUCAGAAACUUUAAAUGCUUUUCUACUAACAGAUGGAGAGGAUUCUCCUGAAGAUAUCAUUAAGUUAGUAUCUAAAAAUCAGAGACCUGAAACUAGAAUUUAUACAUUAGGUAUUGGGAAUCAUUGUAGUGAGUAUCUAGUCUAAAGAUUAGCUGAAGUUGGAAAUGGAAAAUGUUAAUUAGUAGGAGAUAAUGAGGAUAUUAAUUCUAAAGUAAUAGAUUUGUUAGAGGAUUCCCUAACUUAUUAUUUAAAGGGAUUUUCAUUGAUACAUAAUAUUGAAAAAGUUUCAUAGAUUAUUCCUGAUCCAAAAUCAAUAACUUAAUUAAAGAAAAAUCAAGAGUUAACUUUACAAAUUUUAUUUUCAAAGAAACAGAAAAAAGAAAAUUUAGAAUUCAAAAUUAAUUGUUUUGAUCCAUAAAUGAAUAAAUAAAUUUAAUAUGAAGUUNUAUGCUUAAUAAUAUUCUUUUGUGAAAAACCAUGUCAACAUUUAAGCAAUGAAAUUAAAUUAUAAGUAAAAUAUUACUGUAAUAAUUAAUAUGGAAAAACCGAUUACAUAUGCUAAAUCUCCAACACAUUCAAUUUUAUUAAAUUCUGAUAUUAAUGUCAAAGAAAAAUAAAUUGAUUUAUAAACUCCUUAGAACUAAUUAAUUAUUACUUUAGAUAUGAAUGAUCCUGAAAAUAUGGCACCAAAUAAAAAGUUUGAGUUACUAUUUUCCUCCAAUGAUGUUAAUAACCCUUAUGCAAUACUAAGCCAUACAAAUAAUGAUGCUUUAUAACAUAUCAAAUAUUGUGCAACUCUAACCCUCAUACCAAAAUUUAAUGAAUUUCCAAUAGAUGAUGCCUAUCAAUCAUAUCUAAAUGGUUUAAAUUUAUCAUCAUAGGCAAAAAUCUAAAAGGGUUGUUAUAUAUUUUUUAUUGAUCGUAGUGGUUCAAUGGAAGGCAUAAGAAUUGAAAAAGCCAAACAAUCACUGAUACUGUUUCUGAAGAGCCUUCCUGAAGAUUGUUCUUUUAAUAUAAUUUCAUUUGGUAGCAAUGUAUAAAAGAUGUUCGAUAUUGCACAAGCAUAUAAUUAAAAAACACUAAAUUAGGCAAUAAAGUAAGUUCAAGAAAUGGAUGCAGAUUUGGGGGGAACUAAUAUUUUAGAAGCAUUGGUUUAAGGCAUUUAUGAUGAAAAAUAUUAAAAAAGCAAAUAUAGUUCAGAAACUUUAAAUGCUUUUCUACUAACAGAUGGAGAGGAUUCUCCUGAAGAUAUCAUUAAGUUAGUAUCUAAAAAUCAGAGACCUGAAACUAGAAUUUAUACAUUAGGUAUUGGGAAUCAUUGUAGUGAGUAUCUAGUCUAAAGAUUAGCUGAAGUUGGAAAUGGAAAAUGUUAAUUAGUAGGAGAUAAUGAGGAUAUUAAUUCUAAAGUAAUAGAUUUGUUAGAGGAUUCCCUAACUUAUUAUUUAAAGGGAUUUUCAUUGAUACAUAAUAUUGAAAAAGUUUCAUAGAUUAUUCCUGAUCCAAAAUCAAUAACUUAAUUAAAGAAAAAUCAAGAGUUAACUUUACAAAUUUUAUUUUCAAAGAAACAGAAAAAAGAAAAUUUAGAAUUCAAAAUUAAUUGUUUUGAUCCAUAAAUGAAUAAAUAAAUUUAAUAUGAAGUUAAAAUGAAUCUUAAAAGUUCCAAAGAGAAUGAAUAUUUUCAUAAAAUAGCCGCUCAUAAACUAAUAAGAUAUUAUGAAAAAUCAAUUUCCUAAUAAGCUCAAUAAAUGGAGACUGUUAUGAUCAAUGAAAAAUGCAUUAAAGAUUUGGAUAUUAUUAAUUUGUCAUUAUAGAAUCAAAUACUAUGUUCUAAAACAGCAUUUAUUUGUGAAGUAUGCUAAAAUGAAUAAAAUCUUUAAGCACUGAUAAAGAAAAAGAUGAAGAUUAACUUAUGUUUAGAGGCAAAUGAUGAAGAUUAAGCAUUUCAAAACAAAAGAACUAAAAUGUCAUUUAGAUCAAUUAAAAGUUGUAGCAAACCUUCCAAUAUGAUGUAUUAAUUGCAAGAACCAUAAAGGGUGAUGUGUUGCAUGUAGUAAGAAACGAUGUUAUAAUCAAAAUGUCAAAAAUUGUCGGAAGAAGAAGAUUAAGAAAAACUCAUCAGUUCACAUAAAUUUUAAAAAUAGGAUUUACAACAGUCCAAAAAAUUUCUUCCUAAAUAAAGCAUCCUAAGUGCUCCAAAGCCAAAAAUACUAUAAGAGGAUUAACAAAUGAUAGCAUAUUUUGAAUUAAUUGACUGCAUGUAAGCAAAUGGUAGUUUCCUAUUAGAAAUACAUAUUGAAGAUUCACUAAAGUUAAGCAGAAUAGAUAAUAAAUAUCAUUUAGAAGAUCUAUGUUGGCCAACAGUGGUUUCUCUUUUUUAUUUGGAAUUAUUUUGUCAGGAUUCUAAGACUUCCUGGUAAUUAAUUUAUAAUAAAGCCAUAAAUUAUUUAUAAAAGAAAGGAGUUAAUUAUUUUUAGAUAAAAACAGAAUGCAUUACAGAUUAUAGAAAACUUUUUUAGAAUUGA